GGACGUUGUAUGUUCUAGCAACUUGUAGGACUAUAUAUAUGUAACAUUACGAUUGCAGAAGCCACCUCGACUAGCGCGCAAACUGUUGGGCACGAUGGCUUUGAAGGGGACUACCCCGCGUACAUCACGGUUGCCCACUCUUAGGUUUAAAAAGCAAAGUGUAACUCUUGGUGCUGGCAGGAAGGGCUUCCGUCGGCCAAUCACUGUGCGUAACACAGCUGAAGAAGCGGCCCAGGCUGAUACAGCGCUUCCGAUACCCCGCUACGACCCCAGUCUACCAUUCCAAACAGCAACCCAAAGGUUGCAGGAGCUUCUCGAGACCGUUUCUUGGGAAUCCGAGGAGGACUUGCUGCGCCAUGAGGUCGCCAACCAGGUCCCUGAGGUGAAGCUCACCGUGUUCACUAACCUGGGCUCACUGCUCACACUUACAGCGCUGGUGACCAGCUGGAUCACCGGCGAGGACCCCUUGGGCGGAUUUGCCAUGAGCGACGCCAGCCUCUCCGCCAUCGCCGCGGGUGCGGGCUACGCGGUGCCGCUGGUGCUGUGCUCCGUCAUCAGCCGGCUGCGCCCCGUACGACACAGCUUCCCCGUACUGGACGAUCUGCACGACAGCCAGCAGGAACUCGUACGGCCAUUCGUGGAAGACCUGAGCAGCUCCCAGCUGCUGGUCCUCUCCACGGUGCUGGUGGUGCCCGCGCUGCUGCUGCUGCUGCCCGCGUUGCACGGCACGCUGGCGGUGGCGGGGCAGGUGGUGGCGCAGGACCUGCUGCCGCAGCACCCGCACGGCCUGGCGCUGCCGGCGGUGCUGCAGGGGGUGCUGCCGGAGGGCUGGUGGCAGGGGGGGUGGCCGGAGGGGCUGCAUGUGAGCGAGCUGUCGAAGCGGCAGGUGGCGGCGCUGCUGUCGGCGGUGUGCAGCGCGACCUGUGCGGCCCGGUUUGUUACCCGGCAGCUGGACGCCAGCGAGCGGCAGGUGGCGGCCAUCCGGGAGGCGCUGGGCUCCGCGGACCGCUACUUCCUGCAUGCGGCGGCGGAGCGGGUGGCGCAGCGGCCCGAGCUGCUGGACGGACACCAGAGCUACCGAGGGCAGCAAGGGCAGGGGCAGCAGCCGUGGGGCGGGCCGGUGGUGACGUCCUUUGCUAGCAGUGGAAGCAGCAGCAGCGGUGCGAUGCCGGUGGAGGAGGCGGAGCAGGAGGAGGAGGGCGGCAGCUGCGGCUUGAACCGGCCGCUGCGGCAGCUGGGGGCGGAGAUGGCGCAGGCGUUUAAGACGGUCUCCAUCCUGUGGCUGCUCACCCGCCGCCGCGCCGCCCGCCUGGGCACCGCCCUCGCCGCCCUCAACGUGGCCUACUGCGGCCUCAUCUGGCACACCACCCGCGACCUGGGCGCACCUGUCACCGCGGCGCUGCUGGCGGUGCUGGCGGAGCUGCUGCUCAUCAAGCACAUGCCGCGGGGGGGCAGCAGCAGGCCGGCCGGGCGGGGCAGCAGCGGUGGCAGUGAUGGCGGCAGGGGUAACAAUGGUGGUGAGGAUGGUGGAGAUGAUGGUAAGUAGGCCGCGUGGUGGUGAUGGUGCGUCGCGUCGUGCCUCAUGGAAUGAUGGUGAGUGCUUUGGGCGAGGGCGAGCAAUUGGGGAGGAAGGAAGGCAGUUCUGAAAGUGGCCGCACGGAUUUGUGUGGCGUGUGGGGUGGGCUGGAGGGUCAUGGGCUGUGUGAGGGGCUUGGGAUGACCCCGGGUGCUGUGUAUGUUAUCGCUCGGUGUCUGUCCAUGUUAGCUGGUCUAAUCUUAAUUCUGGUUGUUUAUUGGUUUAUUGGGAAAUUGUUCGAUUACAUCAUGGCGUUCGUGCAUUGGAUACGUCAUGGCGUCCGUGCAUUGGGUGCGGUUGUUGAAUUAUCAAAUUGAAGGAACGUUAUUUCACUCUUACGUUCCCGGGAAGAAAUCGAAGAAAGUUGCAAAAUGAAGAAACGUUUUAUAAGGGUUUCGCAAGUCGUGGCGCACCAAGUUGGUUUCGGUUGAGUUGUACGGUUUUCGUGUUGUUGUUGUUGUUUGGUAAUACUAGUAUGCAAUUUGUACGGCAUUCGUGUACCUUGUUUGGCUGAACAAUUGUUUAACAUUAUGCCGCAUAGCUGUUCAUCCGUACAAAUGUAUGACGCCUCCCUUUUAUAACUCACGCAAACUAUUUCGGGUGGGGGAGAUGAGGCGGAGCACUUUUAGGAGUUAUGGGACUUGGAAUCCUCAUCAAGGCGGGCGGGCAGGAGGCAUCAGCCCCGCGCGCCUCCAUUGUACAAACAACAGUGCGCAAGUCCGUGGUGUUUCGGAGUGUGUUUUAUCGCCGCCUCUCCAGCUGCUUUCAUUUAGUCCCCUGGUGAUGGUGGGUGUUUGUUACACUGCACGUCAUACUAGUAACCUCCAUGUUGUCCGUUGCUGUUGAGUUGGUACUUUUGGAGACCGAACAUACUGUGUUUAAUCUUUCGUUGCGCCCUUACGCACGUUGUUCCUGUUGGCGGCGGUGUGAGUGCGAGGUUGUUACAUUUUAACAUUGCGCCGUUUUAUACAAUUUGUCGGGAUGACGGGAUGAGGGACAAAAGGGUGGCAAGAAGCGGGUGCGAAGGCCAGGAGUGUCACAGGGGCCUAGCCGGUAUUUGGGCAUGCCCUGUUGAAAUCGCCCUGCCUUGUAUCGGGUUGUGUAGGACUUUCCUAGCUCCUUGACCGUUGCAGUAGCCUAUGCGGGUGUAACAUGGCAUGUGGUGUGCUACUUUGGUUCUUGGCGUGCGAAAUGUUACCCUUACGGGCAGAUGGGGCCGGUGGGCUUUCUUCCGGAAUGACGUAGGACGUAGAUGAAUAUGGCUGCUAUGCAACACUUGAAGGGUGGUCUGAAGGGGUGUCCGCUGGGGUUGAUGCAGGUGCGUGUUGUGGCCCCUGUGCCGGGUAGACGCCCCGCGGCACAUUUCGUGGCCCUUGUUAUCAUAUUGCCCUGGCAUGACCAAGGCUUUAAGCACAGUGGC